AUGGAUGACCAUGAUUUUCCAACAACUCCAACCGCCAAUCUCGCCUUCUAUAUCGCUUCUCACAUUGCUCAGACGACCACCACUUGUCUCUUUCCCAUGGACGGACCAUUAACCAUUGCUGCGUCAGCAUGGAUGAUGAUGAUUCUCCAACAAUUCCUACCGCCAGUCUCGCCACUUAUAUCACUUCACACAUUACUUAGCACGGAUCAUGUUUCUCCACCAAAUACAACCGCCAAUCCCCUCUUCUAUCUGGCCUCGCAUAGCCGGCUUAGGUAG